GCCUCGAAUUGUUUUGUUCUGUUUUGCCCCAAACUAAACUCCCCUUUCGAUUUCUUUCGUCGAUGACUCGUUGGUUUCAGUUUCUGGCGCGCAUUUGAAGCAGAGAAAGAGAAACGUAGACCUAGGGCUUGGCUUUGAAACCCACUUCUUUGACGCAUCCCAGGGAUUCCUACUGCUCAAUGGAUGGAAUGGUACAUCAAAAUUGAAGCUAGAGGAAAAGUGUUGAAGCCCUACCACUGUUGGAUUGAAACCCGCUGUGGCCGAAACUCCUUUGAUUAUAUUCAGUUACGCUCUUUCACAGUAAUUCUUCUGCAAAAGCAGGAUAAACUGGCAUCUUGAAAAUGCAUAUAAAGCAGGUUAUUAUCGAGGGAUUUAAGAGCUAUAGAGAACAAGUUGCCACUGAGCAUUUCAGUCCAAAAGUUAAUUGUGUUGAUUUCUUCAUCAUUCUUGAUGUCCAGCUGGUUGUGGUCAAAUUUGGUGCCAAUGGAUCUGGCAAAUCAAACUUUUUCCAUGCAAUUCGGUUUGUGAUAAGUGAUCUCUUCCAAAAUUUGCGCAGUGAAGAUAGGCAUGCAUUACUCCAUGAAGGUGCUGGCCACCAGGUGCUAUCCGCUUUUGUGGAGAUAGUCUUUGACAAUUCUGACAAUCGCAUUCCGGUUGAAAAGGAGGAAGUGCGCUUGCGGAGAACAAUUGGUCUUAAAAAGGAUGAGUACUUCUUAGAUGGAAAACACAUUACGAAAACAGAAGUUAUGAAUUUACUGGAGAGUGCCGGGUUCUCUCGCUCCAAUCCUUACUAUGUUGUGCAGCAAGGGAAAAUAGCAUCAUUAACAUUGAUGAAAGACUCUGAACGGCUUGAUCUACUGAAAGAAAUCGGUGGCACACGAGUUUAUGAGGAAAGACGUCGAGAGAGUUUGAAAAUUAUGCAAGAUACUGGUAACAAGCGGAAGCAGAUAAUUCAAGUUGUUCAGUAUUUGGAUGAGAGGUUAAAGGAGUUGGAUGAAGAAAGAGAAGAACUCAAAAAAUAUCAGCAGCUUGACAGGCAGAGAAAAUCCCUAGAAUAUACCAUUUAUGACAAAGAAAUUAAUGAUGCUCGACAGAAACUGAUGGAGGUUGAAGAAGCUCGAAACAAGGUUUCUGAGACAUCAACCAAGAUGUAUAACAGUGUCUUGGAUUCCCAUGAAAAAUCCAAGGAGUUAGACAAGACAUUUAAGGAUUUGACAAAAGAAGUUCAAAGUUUAAACAAAGAGAAAGAUGCAAUAGAGCAGCAGCGAACAGAGGCUAUUAAGAAGCAUGCACAACUUGAGCUUGAUGUCAAAGAUCUACAAGAGAAAAUCUCUGGAAAUGUCAGAGCCAAGGAAGAUGCAGUGAAACAGCUUGAGAUUCUGCAGAAAGAGAUUCAGGACUCAACAGAAGAGCUUAAUAAAAUUAAACCAUUGUACAACAAUCAAGUCAGGGAGGAAGAGGAGAUAACAAGAGGAAUAAUGGAUCGUGAAAAGAAGCUCAGCAUUCUUUAUCAAAAACAAGGUCGUGCUACUCAGUUUGCUAAUAAAGCCGCUCGUGACAAAUGGCUACAAAAGGAAAUUGAUGAAUACGAACGAGUUCUGACUUCAAAUCUAAUGCAGGAAGGAAAAAUUAAGGCUGAAAUUCAGCAGCUUAAUGCGGGUAUGCAAGAGCAGGAUGCCUAUAUCGAGCGACGUAAAACUGAAAUGACGAACUUAGAAUCCCUUAUAUCUCAGUAUCGUGGUGGCUUCAAUCAGUACAAGUCACAAAGGGACAUGCUGCAGGAAGAGAGGAAGUCCUUGUGGGGUAAAGAAAGUGAACUUUCUGGCGAGAUUGAUCAGCUAAAGACAGAAGUUGUAAAGGCGGAGAAGAGCCUAGAUCAUGCUACUCCGGGUGAUAUUAGGAGAGGAUUGAAUUCAGUGAAGAGGAUAUGCAGAGAGUAUAAUAUUCCUGGGGUUUUUGGUCCAAUUAUUGAGUUGCUUGAUUGUGAGGAGAAACUUUUCACUGCAGUUGAAGUUACUGCUGGAAACAGCUUGUUUCAUGUGGUGGUAGAAACGGAUGAGAUAUCUACCCAGAUAAUUAGACACCUUAAUGCAUUGAAAGGCGGACGAGUAACAUUUAUACCACUGAACAGAGUGAAGGCCCCAAAUGUUAAAUAUCCUGAUAGUAAAGAUGUGACACCUCUUCUAAAUAAAGUACACCACGCUACUGUUUAUAAGCCAGCAUUUGCCCAGGUGUUCGCUAGAACAGUAGUAUGUCGAAAUCUAGAUGUGGCCACGAAGGUUGCUCGUACUAAUGGUUUGGACUGUAUUACUUUGGAAGGUGAUCAAGUUAGCAAGAAAGGUGGAAUGACAGGGGGAUUUUAUGAUUGUAGGCGUUCAAAACUGAAGUUUAUGAACGUGAUAAGGCAGAAUAUGAAAUCCAUUAACACAACGGAAGAUGAACUCGAGAAAGUUAGAUUAAAGCUUCAAGAGAUAGACCAGAGAAUUACAGAACUUGUUGCUGAGCAGCAAAAAAAUGAUGCCAAACUAGCUCAUGACAAAUCUGAGCUCGAACAGCUUAAGCAGGAUAUUGCUAAUGCCAAAAAGCAAAAGGAAUCUCUUUCUAAGGGUCUUGAGAAAAAGGAAAAGUUGCUUGCAAAUGUAGAGACUCAAAUUGGUCAGCUUAAAGCUAAUAUUGCAAUGAAACAAGAUGAAAUGGGUACAGAGCUUGUUGAUCACUUGACCUCAGAGGAAAAAGAUUUACUCUCUCGAUUGAAUCCUGAAAUAACUGAAUUGAAAGAGAAGCUCAUUGCUUGCAGAGCAAAUCGCAUAGAGACUGAAACCAGAAAAGCAGAGCUUGAGACUAAUCUAUCGACUAACCUUGUAAGGCGAAAGCAAGAGCUUGAGGCAGUAAAAUUGUCUGGAGAAACUGACCAGUUGGUCACUGAAGCUGAAGUGAAGAACCUGGAACUCAAAGAUGCAAGGCUGCUUGUUGACGAUUUAACACAGCAGCUCAAGAGAAUAUGUGAUAAUAUUGAUGACUAUACAAAACAACUUAGGAGGAUCAAAGAUGAAAAGAAUAAGUUGAAGACACUGGAAGAGAAUUACCAGAGAACCCUUCAGGACGAAGCUAAAGAACUGGAACAACUUUUGAGUAAAAGAAAUAUUCUGCUUGCCAAGCAAGAAGAGUACUCGAAGAAAAUCAGGGAAUUGGGUCCACUGUCAUCAGAUGCUUUUGAAAUAUACAAAAGGAGGAGCAUAAAAGAAUUGCAAAAAAUGCUUCACAAGUGCAAUGAGCAGCUACAACAGUUCAGCCAUGUAAACAAAAAAGCCCUCGAUCAAUAUGUAAACUUCACAGAACAGCGAGAAGAACUCCAGAACAGGCAAGCUGAACUGGAUGCAGGUGAUGAGAAAAUUAAAGAACUUAUAUCUGUUUUGGAUCAAAGAAAGGAUGAGUCAAUAGAGCGCACGUUUAAAGGUGUGGCUAAGCAUUUCCGAGAAGUAUUUUCUGAGCUUGUGCAAGGCGGCCAUGGGUUUUUGGUUAUGAUGAAGAAGAAGGAUGGGGACCAUGGUGAUGAUGAUCAGGAUGAAGAUGUGCCUCGUGCAGCUGACAUGGAGGGAAGGGUUGAGAAAUACAUUGGUGUCAAAGUGAAGGUUUCCUUUACGGGUCAAGGAGAGACACAAUCUAUGAAGCAGUUGUCUGGGGGCCAGAAAACUGUGGUGGCAUUGGCACUGAUCUUUGCCAUACAGCGAUGUGAUCCUGCACCCUUUUAUCUUUUUGAUGAGAUAGAUGCAGCACUUGAUCCUCAGUACAGAACUGCUGUCGGAAAUAUGAUUCGUCGAAUGGCAGACAUGGCAAAUACACAGUUCAUCACUACAACAUUCAGGCCAGAGCUUGUGAAAGUUGCAGACAAGAUAUAUGGGGUAACACACAAAAACAGGGUAAGCCAUGUUGAUGUUGUCACCAAAGAAGAAGCUCUGGACUUUAUUGAGCACGAUCAGUCUCACAAUGCCGAGUGAGUGAAGGCCUUGGACUGAUAGGAAGCUUAUAUCCCAUGCUGUACAAAUCCUGGGGAGGCAUUGUUUAGAUGCUUGAAUCGGUUGAACUUCAUUUUCCUUGGUAUCUCUUAAUCUUUAUAGGCUGGUCCAAUAUGAUGCAUUUCAUGUUGUAUUUUCUUUCUUUGAACAUAAGUAGACUGUAGACAGUUGUGAUGGAUCAUGAUUAUUGUCUGGAGCAGAUGGGAUCAAUAUAACAUCAAAAAUCGAUUAAAUCUC